AUCUCUGUACUCUAAAACCUCGUUCUGUUUCUUCAAUUAGGGUUUUUCAAAAUUGAAGAACAAAGAAGAAGAUUGAUCUGUGUGCAAAUCAAUGGCGACAAAAUCUGUGAUUCGAACGGGAGCGUCGCUAAUGAACCGAAUGCUUCUCCAAUCAAAUUCACAUCUCCACAAAAUCCCUAACACCGAUCCUCAAAUUGUAUCUAACAUUCCCAAAAUUGCUCCAUUUCUAUUCCCUUCUCUUUCCAAAUCCCAAAACUCUCUCAAUUUUCUCCAAAACGACACUGCUUCCAGCUACAGAGACGAGUUUUGGAAUCCCUGUGGUCUCCCUUCUCUCGAAUUCUUCUUGCCCGACGGUGAUUCAUCAAGUGAGCCAAUGCUCUUAUUUCCUAAGAGGACAUUCCAACCUAGCACCAUCAAGCGUAAAAGGAAUCAUGGUUUUUUUGCUCGGAAAGCAACCAAGGGUGGUAGGAGAGUCAUUGCACGAAGGAUGGCAAAAGGCCGGUCAAGGAUUACCGCUUAGCAUUUGGUGGCAUUAUGUUUUUGCAUGCUGAAGAAGAAAAAGCUAUUCAUCCAUUUUGGUGGCUCAGCCUACUUGUAAUGUUUUGUAGGAAAUACAAUGCAAUUCAUAGUUUUCCAUCUUGACCUCUUUAUACUUGUCCUCCAUAUAAAUUUUCUAGGAAAUUGAUGAUAUUAUACA